GGGGGGAACGUGGGCAGAAGGAAAAGCUAAAGAGGACAAUAUAACCGUCAACAAGAGGCCGACUCGUCUCUUCCUCCCCUCAGAGAGUCUCUGCUGCUCCGGCUGAUGCCCUGGGAACCAACAUGGUGAGCAGCUGUUCUCCGUCCGUGAACUCCACCGUGUCCUCGGCAGGAAAUGAGACCAUCGUGGACAACAAGGCCGCCACCACCAUGGGCGCCCUCAUCCUCAGCCUGGUCUUCCUCCUGGGCUUCCCCGGCAACGUCUUCGUCAUCUGGAGCAUCCUGGCCCGGGCCCGGAAGCACUCCGUCACCACGCUGCUCAUCCUCAACCUGGCCGUCGCCGACGGCUCGCUGAUGGCCCUCACCCCGUUCUUCAUCGUCUACCUGGUCCUGAAGCGGUGGAUCAUCGGCGCCCUGAUGUGUAAAGUCCUCUUCUACCUCUGCCUGGUCAACAUGUACGCCUCCAUCCAGCUCAUCAUGCUGAUGAGCGCCUACCGGCUGGUGGCCGUGCUCUGGCCGCAGCGCGUCGCCAAGCUCUCGGGCAGGAAGACCGUCAUGCCGGUGCUGGCGCUGGUCUGGCUGCUGGUGCUGAUCGCCUCGGUCCCGGCGCUCGUCUACCGAGACGUCAGGUGUAAGGGCGCCACUCCGGUGUGCGAUUCCUUCCACGACAGAAACAAAGACGUGGCUAUUCAGUACAUGCUGGAGCUGGUUUUGGGGUUACUGAUCCCCUACACCGUCAUCAUCGUCAGCUACAUCUGCAUCCUGCGGCGGAUCCGGCAGACCCGGUUCAGGCGCCGCAUCCGCAGCGAGAAGCUGAUCCUGGCCAUCGUGCUGACCUUCUGCCUCCUCUGGCUGCCCUACCACGUCACCAACGUGGUGCAGGUCACCUGGGCUCUGUGUCCUGAAGGCUCGGUGAAAAACAUGUUGGGUAAGAUAUGGCAGAGGAGUCGCGCCGUCACCUCCUCCAUCGCCUUCAUCAGCAGCUGCGCCAACCCGGUGCUCUACUUCUUCGCCGGCAAGUCCUACAUCCGCCGGGAGGGGCUGGCGUUCAUGGCCCGGCUGUUCGAGGCGGCGGGGAUCGACUCGGCCACCAGGAAGAGCCGGCAGAACAGCCGGGACAGCCGGGAGAAGGACAAGGAGGCCGACGCCGUCAUGCUGAAGGAGAAGGAGCAGGAGUCCGGGACCAACUCCAGCUCCAACCUCAAACCGAAGUAGGGAGCGGCCGGGGGCUCCGCCGUGGCGCUGGACACCCGGACCGGAGACCAGCAGGUCCAACCGGGACCUGGACAGGACUGAAGAGACUGUUAUCAGCACAGAGAGUCGGACUGAGCUGGAAACAUCUUCAGAAGACAGUUUUCCACUGGAGGCGACGCUGGAAGAGGUUUUCUCGGGAUAAAUAUCAAGACUGUGGAAAACUCCUCAACACCCCAAAACCAGCUGUAAUUCUCCACUUUAACUCCAGAAGACCUGCAUUUAUGCUCUUUUCAUCACAUUUCACAAUCAUUUUGAUUGAUCCUCCUUUUUUUUUAUGAAAGAAAAACUAAAUGAAUAAAUUAACAUGUGAGUGCAACAGGUUCAGCAGAGGUAUGAAAUAAAUGCACAGCAGUGAUUUUCAGGGUUGUGUUUGUUCAUUUCUCGGCCACAUGAGGGCAGAAGGAAGCUGCUCAGGAGCACAGAGGCUGAGAGAGUCAUGAUCAUGCUGAAGAGGAGGAGAGCCAAGCGGCUCAGAGCUCCAGAUACCUGAACUCACCCAGAUCAUUUCUGUCUAAAGAUUCCUGCUGAGCCCCAGAGAAACAGUAAAUAAUCCACAUCCUGUCAUCUUUAGCAUGUUAAAAGUUUCAUUUUUAAAUUAUCUUGAAUCAUGUUUUGAAUUGCAUGUUGAAAAUUCUGUUGCCUUAAACCCAUGCAAAGAAUUUCUCAUCAGAGUGUCUCAACUGGAAAUAAGAUGAACUCAAAGAAAGAAUUUACUAUUUUUUUUAAUCAUCAUGAUCAUAAUUAAGGUGGUUAUCUCUGACAGCCUUGGUCAUUUUGUUCAGAAUAUGGAAACCAUGAAGUAAUAUCCUGAUUGUUAGUGUAGUUUCUGGAGUUUGUGAGAUGAACUUUGACCUUUCCUGUGACCUGAGACUUCUUAGCGGUCCACUGCUCAUCUAUCAGCCAAAUCCUGGAUCUGCAGACCUUACAGACGCAGAACGACGGGGUUGUUAAUCUGGACUCCUGCGCUACCGGGUUCAUAGAGGACAGAAAAACACAAAAUUAUGCAAAAAUGUGACACAACUCACAUCUUUAUGCAACGGGAUCCUUCCAGUGUGAACUUGGUUUCACGUUGGAUAUUCGACAGACAUUCACAGCGACAGUUUGGCAAUUCCUGCCCGACAUGUGUCACUCGCACAGCGGACGGUUUCCCAAGAACUGCCGCUGAAUGUCGUCACGUCCCAGUGUGGCCGUAUUGCAGCCCGGUUUAGGGACCGUCGCAAAAGGACACGCUGCGUAAAAGCAGCAGAAAAAUAACCAUUACGUUGUCAAUAGAUUUUUAAUUUGGUGAGGUUGAAAUUCCAAAACUCCGUUAAAUUCGCCAGAAGACAUUGCUGUACUUGGCUCAAGCACUGAUUUGUUUAUUUCUGUCUUCAUCAAUUUUAUAUUAAUUUUUAAUUAAUUUGAUCAUCAAUAACUUUUUGGUCAUGUGACCUCGAGGUACCAAAUCACUUUUAUAAAGUAAAUCUCUUAUUGCUGUUCUUGGCUCAAGCACUGGUUUGUCUAUUUUUGCCUUAAUCAAUUUUAUAUUAAUUUUUUUAAUAAUUUGAUCAUCAAUAGCUUUUUGGUCAUGUGACCUUGAGGCACCAAAUCACUUUUAUAAAGUAAAUCUCUUAUUGCUGUUCUUGGCUCAAGCACUGGUUUGUCUAUUUUGGCCUUCUGAGAGGACCGUGCCAAGCUAGUUUUUGGCCAUCAUGGACAAGAACAACCCAGCACUUCACGCCACGCUGGACAAGCAGAGGAGCAGCUGCAGUGGACCAUUCAACUGUCUACCAUGAAGGACUGAAGGCCGCAGCAGGUCCUUCAUCCCACAGGCGUCAGACUGUACAGCCCAGGCGAGGACUGAGCCUCUGACCCUUGAGUCACUGACCCCUGACUCCACAAAUGGACUAUAUAUAUUUAUUUUUACUAUUCAUUACAACUAUGAUCAUCUGAUCUAUGUUUUUUUUUCUUUUCUGUGUAUUUUUAUGUUAAUAGUUUUAUGAUGACCAAUGAGCUACAAGGUACCAACAUUUUAAUAGUAACUACUUAGUAAGAACAAUGUUUGUUGAAUCAUAAAGGCAGCUUCGUCACUGACCAGGCUUUUAACUUUGACAUCAUUUGUGUAAAGUCCCACAGUGCAUCUGUCAGGAGGAUUGUGAGUCUUGGUAGACGAACUGCUCUAUAAUGGGUUUGCGAUCCACUCAUUGGUUUCAGCUCAUUAUCUGCUGUUGUCUGUUCCACAGUUUUUACAUACAUGCUUACCUGAGCAAGCAAUUCCUGGACGAAAGGCAAAAAAUAUUCCCAAACUUGAGAGUACACACAGUCCAGUAGCCUUUGUUGAUUUAAUUUUUUUUUAAGUACUUAUAGUUAUUAUAAUUUAAAUGUAUGUUGUGUAAAGCUCGUCAUAAAGGAACAUAACAGGUAGUUCUCAAAAAACUCUCCAUUGAUGGACAGGCUCUGAGCAUAACAUUUUGAAAUCCAAAGGACUACUGAAGAAAGCUUAUCAAGACGGUUACUGCACUGCAGCGCGUCCAGUCAGACGUUAGUUUUAAAUGUUUUACCAAAUCCUUCUUUCAGACCAUUUUUAUCAUUAUUUUAUUAUUGUGUUUAUUUUUCAUUCUGUCAGCGAUGUAGCAUGUUUAUCCAGCAUUUUUAAUAAAUACAAAUAAUUUCAGCAAUGAAUGCUAGUUUUUGGCGUAGGGGUUCAUAUCACUACAUUCCAUCUGCAUAAGUCAUUACCCUGGUUGGGAAAAAUCUGGACCUGCCCCGGCUUGUUGGUAGGCCCAUUAUGUGCCUUUGCACAUUUAUGGAUGAGAUUUAUGCUAAAUGGAGACUUCAGUUGGUGGAAAAGAAAAGAGGACUCAACCUUUCCCCAAAUAAUAAAAGGCAAACAAACUCAAACUGAUGUGCAUUCCCAGUGUCGCCCCAUAUUCCUCUAUUCCUCCUGCUGUCAACAUCUGCAAAUUAUGAUCCAUCCAUACAAAACAAGGGUUCCUUUUAGCUGAGUGAGAAAUAAUUAUGCAUUUUUCUCAACUAUCCACAUAAAAAAAAAACACCCAUAAGGUGUGGGGUGGCCAUUCUAGACGAGGUCCAUUUGGAGAAUGAUUUGCUACUAUCGUUUGGUGUACUGUUAACCCUCCUAUUAUCCGACAGU